AUGGCUGAGAAACGCAGACUUUCCGCCCGCGAGCGUCGCGAACCUGCGGCGAAGCGACGGGUCUCCGAAGCCACCACUCGAGCGUCAUCACCAGCUCAACCCCAAACCUCAUCAAAGAGAAAGGGUUCAACCCCAGCUGUUGCUUCCUCUCCGGCCUCAACUCCCCUUCCGGAGCCUGAAACUGUUGGACCGCCCCUCCCGACGAAGGUUAAAGAUGGAGAAGCCCUUCCGACUCUCCCUGCGCCGCAGCCCACCGAGCUCCCGCUGAAGGAAUAUCAGUCAAUCGCAGAAAGUGCGGUUCUCCUCGCUUCCCUAGAACGGUCUAAGAAGAAGUGGCUCAGCGACGGCAUCCUCGUGCGGUAUUGGACUAAACCGAAGAAGACCAAGAGAGAACAGAUUGAAGGCAAAAAUCCGCCAAAGGAGUCCAUGUCUAAAGUCGGACCUUGCAACAUCGUGGUUGGACCUCAUCUUUUCGAUGCGAUGCUGUACACGGUUAAGGAUCCCAACGCGCCGCCCCCAGUUCAGUACACGCCUACUCAGCGGCCGAUGGUUCACUACGGCCCUCCUAAUAACUUCCAACAAUAUCACCCUUAUCCACACCCUCCUCAAUCAAAUCCGAAUCAGCGACCACAUCCAUCGCACCCUUCUCAUGGCACGCCAACUCCACAGGGUUAUCCGCAAGGCAGCCGCCCGCCGCCUCCGCCGCCCACAAGAACGCCGAACAACCAACCUCCCCAUCGCCCUUCUGGCCCUCAGUCAACGCAGCGCCCUGCCACGAACCAGCAGCCUCCCGCACAACCGCCGAAGCCGAACCCGGACCCUGUCAUCCAGAUGCUUGCGACGCGUGCGGCACAAGAUCCUGAACUGAAAGCCUUGAUGAGACUGGUUGCCUCCACCAACGCAACGCAGGAACAGCUACGCACUUUUCAGGCCCAUAUUGACGAACUGAAUGCGAUCAUUCGAGCACGUGAGCAGCAGCAGCGCCGUCAACAACAGCAACAGCAACAGCAAUCAACUCAAACUCCGACACCCAGCUCAGCACAACCGCCUCGACCGCCCCAGCCAGCGGCUCAAACACCUCAGCAACCUCCAUCUCAGAGACCUUCACAACCGCCAGCAACUCCCCAGCAACAGCCACCACAACACUCACCUCCGCAACAAACACCCACCCCGCAAGCUCAGUCACAGCAAUCCCCAGAUCCUCAAUCUCGGGUCGAAGUUCAAAUACCCAAACGUCCCCAGCCUGCUUCUACACCUCAGAAUCUAAGUACAGGUUCGCCCGCCUCGCAUACCUCAACGUCUCAACCAACACCUGCAGCACCCCAGGUUAAACAGGAGCCCGGUGUAGGCACGGCAUCGACACCGCAAGUUUCGAGCCCAGGCGUUGCAGCUACUCCACAGCAAACCCCUGCAACACAGUCAAUACCGCCGCACCAGCAACAACCGGCCAACCAAAGACCGGGUCCCCAAUUUUCACAGUAUCAACAGCCUCCGUACCAAGGCCAAGCUGCGAUUCAGUCUCGACCCCCACAAUACGGUUCUCCAAAUGCGUAUUAUCGUGCCACACCUCCCCGUCCACCUGCGCCUCCAAGACUGAAUUACAAGUCAGUAGUCUUUGAAUUCACCUCCCCUCUGACGCCUUAUGGGAGCAGCACAUCGGGCCACGCUGGGUCUGGUGAUCGGUAUCUGUUCCCUGAGAACACAAUCUUGGAGUGGCUCCCUGGUGGAACAACGGUCCUUGCCUCCUUCUUGGUAGUACGAAAGGUGGAUCCGAACACGCCAUUCCCAAUUGAAACGGCUUCUGACGUUACGACCUCUCGAGCGAAGGGGAAAUCGGCCCCGAAGUCGAAGAAGGCCGACAAGAAUAAAGAUAAAGGUGGCGAGGCCAAAGGUCAGGAUGAGACCAAUGCGAAGAAGGCCGAAAAUGCCCAGAAUCCGUCAGACAACAAGGAACCCGCAGCAGACUCCAAACAAGUUGUUCAGGGAGGUCAAGAUGCAAAGACAACGGAUUCAAAGCAAAGCACAUCCGACAACCAACAAUCCAAGGACACGACCAAUGAUGAUAAAAAUCCCAACCUGAAGGAAUACUACCAACCCGUCACCUUCCGAAUCUACAGCAACAACCCCAAAACCCUCGAACCGCUAGCCCGCGUCGUGAAACCCCAAGAGGAAGUCCGCAAAUACAUGAACGAAAUCAUGGACCGUGCCGAGCGAGCCCCCGAUGGCUUCCUCGCGUACCAGCUGCCCCGCGAACAACCCAUCGAAGACCACGAGUUAGAGUCUGAUAGGAAGGGCGGUACGCCUGUUCCCAGCUCGGUUGUCAAUGGACGUAGCAAGCUCUCGCGGGGUCGGACAGUCGGCGAGGACUCGGAUGCGGAAAAUACAGAUCGGCCAAUGGAAGAUGAAGAGGAGGAGGAGGAGGAACUGAAGGACUUCUAUGGGGCGCCUACCGGUCUCUUUACGCUAGGGGUGUGA